UGGUUCGCAAAUAUUCGAAAUAUAAAAACUGGCGUCUUUUUUAAGAAGUAUUUUUUUGUAAUUUUGCUAUAGUUAAAAAUCGUUUUACGAGUGCGUUAAUUAAACAACAUUCCUGUGUUAUCGAUUAAAAAAAGUGUUGUGUACUAUACUGUAUUGUUCUUAAUUUAGAGGCAUUUAAACAAUAUUGUGAUAGUGUGUUCCAUCUCAUAUCCCCAUAUCAAAUGGAAUAUAACAGAAAGCUCCACAUUCCAAGUCAGAUUCUACCCUAUCAAAGAUUAUUUCAACGUUAUUGCAAUCUUUACGAAAGCGGAUUAGCUGUGGGAUCUCUAUGCGCCCCAUUGUGCGUCACCAAAGACAUCCAUUCCCUGACCUGUCACUCGUUCGAAGCCUCAAAAGAAGCCGUCUUCAGCGCUGAAUGGCACGACACACGCCUCGUUUUCAAAUCGGUCCCCAGGGACAUACAAGCCAUCCACUGGUUCGAUAACGGCAUCGUCAAGUACCCAACCGAAAAGGAAUUUUUACAAACCAUCAGGGCUAUAGUUAAGAACAAAUUUAAUCUGACGGUAGCUUACGACACGGCUAUCCGAUUGUCCAGGCUUAAGCCUAGUUACGAAGAGAAGAACACGUUUAAACGAAGAAGGGAAAUGGACAAUCUGUGGCUGUUGUUGCAAGACAAUGAAUAUGUUCUUUCUGCUUUGUUUACUGAUAAGGAUGUGUUUCCUCAACUUUUAGGAACUUGUGGUCCAUAUUUCGCUGUAGAGUACCUGGAACCCAUUCCAGCUAUGUCCUCUUUCCUAACGCUUAAUGACAAUAUAGAAAAUUGGGGCAAGCGCUUAAAAUUAGCCGUUCAAAUUUUAAAUCUACUAGACAAACUAGAAACCAAAUUUCGUGAGCCGUUUCACCUUUGUGACCUUAAACUGGAGCAUUUCGGAUUAGUGAAGAAUCAAAAUACGUUGAAAUUCAUCGAUUUGGAUGGCGUUCUGCCCAAGUCUGUUGUAAAUACUAUUAUCAAAGAAGUUGAAUAUUGCAAAAGUGAUAAUGACUGUGAUUUCAUUGACUGUCGUUCUAGGUGCGAUACUAAUAGCAAAUGCAGCAAUUUCGUUGCUAAUGAUAAUCUGCAAAUUGUUUGUGAGAAAAUCUUUUUAGGCUGGAGAAUGGCCAAUACCAUACUCGUCCCUGGAUUAUUAAUUUCGCAACACACUCCCUCAGAACUAGCAACGCUUCUUCGACAAUGCGCUAACCCUGAAAGUGAACAGGGAAAACCCAGGACAGUUCCUGAUAGCGAAAUUAAGACGAGACUUUAUAGCGCGAUAUCGCAGAUAGAACAGACUGUUAAUAAUAACUUUGUUUUGUAGUUUUGUUACAUUUGAUACAAAUUUUAGAAUUAUUAAACGAUAAAACAUUACUUGCGUCAUCUUUUAUAAUAAUUUAUUCAUAAAAAAAAAACAAUAUAAAUAAAUACUUGAUUUAGAGACAUUAUUUUAUUAAAAGAAAAAUUCUAUGAAGGGAUAUUUGUAAAUUAAAAACAGAUAACCUCUAAUACAAGCCAAAACUUUAUUUCUAUGCAUAAUCUUAACUACAAUCAGUCACUGAAUAAUUUUCAAAAUAAUUGAAACAAGCAUCUUAAAUAAUAAUCUUUAUAAUUCACUUUUUUGCUUAACCAAACUCUCCAGUUUUUGUAUAAUCAAACUUAUAUCGUCACUUUUAGAUAUCUUAACAUAUACACAAUUCCUGACGACAUGCAACACCAACCAACUAGGAAAUUCUUUGGAUAUAACCCUAAGAUGCUCUUCCAUCUCUGCUUUCGUCAAAUGAGCUCUAUAACAAUUACCUAGUUUUUCUAUAAGGACGUCCAGUGGUAAGACACUUUUCUUUUCAGAAACGAAGAGAUUUCUUGUUAAACGGGCCAAUUCUGGUAGCCUUGAAUAAAUUUUCAGCUGCUUUUCCUCAUCAACAGACCUUGUCAUCGUUAGAAGGGCUUUGGCUGCUUGUUUUUGUCUUACUUUUUCCAACAGAGCUUUAGGAAUUCCUAAAAUAAAUCAAACCGAAUUAAAACGAUUUAGAGUGAAUUAAAACAUCAUAUACCUCUCAAAACUGAAGCAGGCUGUCCUUCUUCCUUCUGUUUAGCCUCUGGAGUUUGAGUGUUCUUCAUUUCCUGUAAUCUGUGCAGAGCCUGUUCCAUUCUUGUAUUGCAAUUGUACAUCUGCUUGGCCUUUUCUAGUACAUCUUUUCCAGUCGUAAAUUUCUCUUCUGCUGGUGGUUGUGGUAACUCUGAGUAUUCAAUGUCUGGUACUCUCUCAAUGUCAAAUUCGGGGUGCCACCUAGAUGUAAAGAAAUAAAGAACAAUUUUGAAUUGUAUCCAGAGAGAAAAUAAUCGGGCCCCAUUAAAGACAGA